AUGACACUGUCAAACAACAUUUCAUCUAAUAAUUUCAAUAUUCAUGAAAGUGAAUAUCUAUCACAAGAUAGAAAACCAUUACCACUCAGUAGUACGCCAUCAACCGAGAAUAUAAUCUUGACACCACGAACUCAUACUCCAAUUCGUCUAAAUUCUCCACACAUAAAUAUGGCAGAAUUAGCGAUACAUAACAAUCAGAAACAACAACAACAACAACAACAAAGACUGAAACAAAGUUCCCCGCUAUUUUUUUCAGAUGGCAAAGUUUCAGGGCCAGGAACAGUUGUAACCCUGGCAUCAAUUGCAACACCACACUUCCAGCAACAACAACAGCCACAGUUUUCUAAUUUUUCACAAAUUUCAAACAAUUCAUCUACAACAACUUCUCAACCAUCCACUGCAUUACUUUCAUCAUUUUCAUCAUCAUCAGAAAUGCCUAUUACAACAACACCAAGAUACAAUGACCGUCAAGAUUUAAAUGGUGAAGACACCGAUAACGACAACAACAACAACAACAACAACAACAAUGAAACUAAUCUUCCACGAUUAGUUCAUAAAUGGUCUCAUACUCAUUCAAUUUUGUGUUGUUUAGCAUCCCCCAAGAAUAGAUUAUUAUUUUGUGGUACUCAAGAUGGGAAAAUAUUAGUUUAUGAUAUGAAUACUUAUUCUUUAACUGAUAUUAUUGGACUUGAGAAUAACAACAACAACAACAACAACAAUAAGAACAACGAACAACAUCAUCCUCAUCCUCAUCCUCAUCAUCAACAAGCUUCAAUAUUGACUAUAUGUUUAAAUAAAGAUGAGACUCGAUUAUUUGUUGCAGGGUCGGAUUCAUUAGUGAAGAUUUAUAAUUUACAAAACCAAAAUGAUAAUGAUAAUAACAAUAAAAAUGAAAAAUAUCAAUGUACUCAUGUUAUUUAUUCAUUAGUUGAUAUUGGUGAUAUUUUUUCAAUUCAUUGGUGUGAUUUAACUUCAACAAUUUAUAUAGGGGCACAAAAUGCUUCGAUAUUAUGGUGUCAUAUUUCAUUUGAUAAUGAAAACUUGUCAUCUAAGGGAAAUAAUCAACAAACAAACAGUAAAAACCAUAAACAUGAACAUGAACAUGAACAACCAACUCAACAUGACCACCACAACCACAACCACAAUCAUCACCAACAACAGCAUACUAUUAGUAAUGGUCAUACUACUAAAAAUGUAUCAGAUAUUGAACGAUUACCUCAUUUCCGAUACGAUAAAUUUUUUGAUUCUAAAGGACCUGGAGGUUCACAAAAUACUUUACAAACAAAUCAUAAUUUAUUGAAACGAAGAUAUUCUAAAAAUACUAAUGAAUCACAUCAUCAUUCAAUCAAAUUAAUUGAAUGUAAAAGUGAUGAUAUUAUUAGAUUUGCUCAUAAUGGUUAUGUUUAUUGUCUUGAUGUUAUAACCAAUGUUACAAUUGAUAAUUCCCUGGAAUCAACAUUUUUAAUUUCUGGUGGUGGUGAUGGAAUAAUUAAUAUUUGGUCAUUUAAUAACAAAAGUAGUGGAUUAACUAAAGUUGCAUCAUUAGAAAAUGAUGAAUCAAUAUUAUCAAUGAAAAUUCAAAAUUCUUUACUUUAUGUUGGAUUAAGUGAUUGUUCAAUUAAUGUAUGGGAUUUAUUAACAUUACAAAUGAUUCGAUCAUUUCAAUUUGGUGAUAAUAAUUUUGAUGAAAUUUUAAGUUUAGAUAUUUAUGAUAAUUCCAUAUAUAAAGGAUCAUCAUCUACAGGAUUAAUUAAAUUAUCAAUUUUAAAUCAUCAAUUUAUUUCUGAUAAAAUUUUAAUGAGUCUGGAAAUUGAAGAUGGAGUAAUUAAUGCUGUUAAAAUAUUUCCUUUGGAUAAUAAAAUUUAUUUACUUUCUGGUGCUACUAAAUCAUUAUCUUUAUGGGAUAUUACCGCUACCACAACCACCACCACAACCACCACCACAACAACAACAACAACAACAAAUCCUAAUCAUAAUAGUAAGAAGAACCUUAACAUUGAUGAAGAAGAUAAAUUCAACAUAAAUAAUAAUAAUAAUAAUAAUAAUAAUAAUAAAAAAAAACUUUCUAAUGAUGAUAUGUUAACUAUGUUAGAAAAAUAUGUUGCCUUUAAAACCAUUAGUAAAAAUCCUCAAUUAUAUUUAGAAGAAAGUCGUCAUUGUGCUCAAUUUUUAUGUAAAUUAUUAAAUAAUUUUGGAGCUUAUCAAACAAAAUUAUUACCAAUUAGUAAUGGUAAUCCCAUUGUUUUUUCUGAAUUUAAAGCCAAUCAUAAUGGUCCUGGUGGUGGUCCUGGUGGUGGUCCUGGUGGUGGUAAUAAGAGACCUCGAUUAUUAUGGUAUGCUCAUUAUGAUGUUGUUGAUGCCACGAAAAAUGAAGCUAAAGAUUGGAAAACUGAUCCAUUUAUAUUAACUGCUAAAGAAGGUAAUCUUUAUGCUAGAGGAGUAUCAGAUAAUAAAGGUCCAACAUUAGCAGCUAUUUAUUCUGUAGCAGAAUUAUAUUAUCAUCAACAAUUAAAUUGUGAUGUGGUAUUUAUAAUUGAAGGUGAAGAAGAAUGUGGAUCAAUUGGAUUUCAAAAAGUUAUUAAUGAUAAUAAACAAUUAAUUAGUGGUGGUACCUCUGGUGGUAUUGAUUGGAUUAUAUUAUCUAAUUCUUAUUGGUUAGAUGAUUUAACUCCAUGUUUAAAUUAUGGAUUACGAGGAGUUAUUAAUGCUUCAAUUACAAUUAAAUCCGAUAAACCUGAUCGUCAUUCUGGAGUUGAUGGAGGAGUUAGUAGAGAACCAACUAUGGAUAUGAUGCAUCUUUUAAGUACAUUAGUGGAUCCUAUAACUCGGAAAAUCCAAUUACCAGGAUUUUAUAAAGAUAUUUUACCAUUAACUUUAUCAGAAAAAAAAUUAUAUGAUAAUAUUGCUCAAUAUCUGGGAAUUAAAGUUUCAACAUUAAUGACAAAAUGGCGUGAACCAUCAUUAACAAUUCAUAAAAUUCAAGUUUCUGGUCCUAAUAAUAAUACUGUAAUUCCACAAAUUGUUAAAGCCACUAUAUCAAUGAGAAUAGUACCAAAUCAAGAUUUACUGAAAAUUAAACAAUCUUUAAUUGAUACUUUAAAUGAAAAUUUCGCCAAAUUAUCAUCAUCAUCAUCAACAUCAACAACAACUGAUAAGUCUGGGAAUAAAUUAUCAAUAGAAAUUUUCCAUCAAGCUGAACCUUGGUUAGGUGAUCAUGAAAAUAAAGUUUAUUCAAUAUUAUUUAAAAAUUUGAAAAUUCAUUGGAAUCAAGAACCUUUAUUUAUUAGAGAAGGUGGUUCAAUACCUCUGAUUCGAUUUUUAGAAAAAUGUUUUAAUGCUCCAGCAGCUCAAAUACCUUGUGGACAACUGAGUGAUAAUGCUCAUUUAAAAGAUGAAAAAUUAAGAAUUAUUAAUUUAUUUAAAUUACGAGCAAUAUUAACUGAUACUUUUAAAGAAUUAGGUGAUAUAUCAUAA